GUAAAUCCGCGGAGAGUCCAAGCCGAGAGAGACUAACAUUUAUACUUUUUCCACUUCAGUAGCGCGCGAGACCGGGCAAAAGACGUGCACCAGGUCCAUCGUUCGGUUUCAGUUUUGGGCCUCGGGUUUUCGGCAACCCUACGCAGGUGACCCGUUUUCGAAAACAAAAACGGCGUCGCCGAUCGUGGUGCGUUCCGAAACAAAACAAAAAAACUAAGAGUGGUGAGUGGUGAGAAAAUUCCCGUCAGGGUGGUGUGAAAGAGUGUUGUGAUCUUCUGGUAGCAGGUUGAUAUCCCCCGGGUUUGCCCCUGGGCAAGGUGACUAGACUGUCAUUCGAUUGUGGAACACGGGAACUGUUUAGGAAUUUCGGUUAUCGCUUAAUUUCGAAUUUAUCACAGGUGUUACGAUGGAACGACACCGAGGCGCUAUGCCCGUACUAACGCGAUUUUUCGCAUUCUAACAAGAUGGUCACAGAAUCCAGCCCGAAAAAAGGCGAUAGCAGAGUUCGAAACGACUACAUCUGGCUGACGAACGGAAAGUUCUCAAGACCUAUAGAAGUGAAGCGCGACAACAAUGGAGAAAACGGUUCGCGAGUUGAAGCAGAAGUGGAUGAGGAAAUUUGGGGUAUUGUAAACGAACUCUUAGCCGGCGCCAUGUCCAAGUGCGUCGACGACGAUGAAAACAAAGUGGUGCUACGCAAAAAAGACAGGUUCAACAACAACAACCACGUCUUCGUGCGCGACAAAAACUCCAGAAGGUGCAUCAGCGAGUGCGUGAUCUCGGAAAAUGCAGCAGAGACCUUUAACCCCAUCUUCAAAACUCCGGAAGUGCCCAAAACGAAGUCCAAACGUAAACACAGACUGUCCUUCUCGUCCAUCUUCAAGAAGAAGGUGAUACCGAAGAUUUACGAGGAUAAAAACGACAUCACAAGCCCCGAAGACGAGGAUGUGUUCGAAUCCUCUGAAGACUCCUCCGAGAGGAGGGACUCCCUCAGAAUGUCCCAGAAAUUCCAUUCGGCCCUGGAGAUAGGAUCCUCCAAGUCUGCUCUUCAUCGAACCCCUUCGUUUAUGAAGAGGAUCAUCAGUUUCGGAGAGGAAUCUAAAUCGCUACUGAAACGGUCCAUCAGUUUCAGGGAUAUGAUAAAGAAGGACAAGUCGAAGGAGGAUUUGACCAAGAGCAAGUUUGAGGAGUGGAAGCAGUCCUUGAAAUCGUUGACGGAGAGUGAUAUUAAUGUUAGUUAUCAGGACCUGAGCUUUGUGGAUUACGACAUUCAUAACGAUAUUAGUUAUGACAGUUCAGAGAACAUCCCUAAGUUAUCAUGCGUAUCUAGAUCUCAGAGCGUUAUAUUGAAGGGUACACAGAAGUGUAGAAAACCAUUUUUCGAGAGAGGUACCUCUUGCACUGAUCCAAUAGAAUUAGAUUGUACAGAAUCUAGUGUAGGAGUCUCAUUGCCAUAUCUGCCUAACGUUUAUCAAGAGAAUGCAGAAAAUUCGUCAGAAACCCAGAUUCUGCAGAAAUACAGACGCCGGCAGCAGAGUAUCAGCAGUUCGGAGGAUGGGGGUCGAUUUCGUCCGCCCGGAAACGGAAGUUUCAGCUCUUCCGGAAGCGGCUGCUCCAAGCUGAGGCGGCACAACGCCUGCAGGCAGAAGAGCAGGGAGUCUUGCGGCUUCUUCGUCGAGAACAGGAGGAACGAUUCGGUCCGAUCUAGAAGUCUCAACCACCUGGAUACUCUGGAGAUGCGACAAGGUAUCGUUUCUGCAUCAGAUUCGACACUCAAGGACUCCAGGUCGGAACCAGACUGCACUAGAACGUUGCCCCCCUCUUCUACCGCCGCCACUGACCCUGUACCAGCACCUCAAACGUGUGAGGUGCCGCAACCGCGAAAGCAUAUGCUUAGUAGAUCACAGAAAUCCAGUAGUGAAUGCUUUAGUGUAACUUUUGAAGUAGGAGAUGAGUCAACGUGGGAGAACGAGUUGUUUUAUCCAGCACAACGAGGCAUCACAUUACACGAUUCUCUGGCGAAAAUAUGCGAGCUCCAGAAUAUCGACCUAUCGACCUGCGAUGCCCGCCUCCAGGAUAAGGAUAACAACUCGGAGACGUUUUUAUCGUUCUCCCAGGACACCGCAGCGUUGGUCGGACGACACAUCCGAAUUACCGCGAAAGAAACAAGCAAUAAACGUCUAUCGGGAUCAAUAUACGGCAAUCAGCUCAGGAAGAAAUCCGAGAGCUACAAGCCGAGAAGCGGAAGCUUUUUCAGUUCGAGUGCAGAUGAGACCAAUCAUGUUGCCAGCUCGACCCUCAGCCUCCACGAGGGAGACCAGAGCAAGAAGCAGAUCAAGCAAAUGUUUACGUCCUUCUUCGCCAACAGCAAGGACUCCAAAUACGAGGGUCUCAUCGAGCAAUUGGACAAAUACUCGAAGCAGGGGAUUCCCAAAAGUCAGUAUUACCAACAAGGGACCGACGAAGCGUUGGACGCCCUGCACAAGCUGGAGGAAGACUGGAGGGAUAUAGUUGAAUACAAAGACCUCCCCGAGAAGCAGCAGCAACAGCAGACCGUGCUUUGGGAGUUGAUAAAAACGGAGAUACAGUAUAUCAAAAUGUUGACGGUCGUCACAGAUCUUUUUCUCUCCUGCCUACGGGACCUCCAAUCCAAGAAUCUCCUCAAGGAAAUCGACACGGAAAAGCUCUUCUCCAACAUCACGGAAAUACUGGAUGCUAACCUAAUAUUCUGGAAGAACACGCUGUAUCCGCUGGUCAGAGACAUGCGUCGUUACAAGCAUCCGGCCUGUAUAGAAAACAUGUUGGAGGGAUUCUCCAUGUUACACGAGACUUUUCAACCUUACUAUAAGUACUGCGCUGAGCAGAGUCGCUGCCAGCAUUAUUGUAGAGAAAAUUUGGACAGCGAGGUCUUCACGGCAUACUUGACGUGGUGCGAGAGCCAGAAGGACUGCAAUAGAUUAAGAUUAAUGGAUAUUUUGGUACAACCAAUGCAAAGACUGACUAAAUAUGGCCUUCUGUUAAAAGCUGUAUUGAAAAAUACUGAAGAAGACGUGGAGAAAGAGAAUAUUCAAGCGAUGAUAAAAAUGGUCGACGAUUUCGUAAAUAAUGUAAAUUCCAGUUUGAAACACAAGCAGGACAAGGAACGACUAAAAGGAAUCAUCGCAAGGAUAGAAAGCUAUGACAUCGUGGACUCUAAGGACGACGACAUAGAAAAGCUGUUGAAAAAGGACAAGACCUUGACGCAGUUCGACCUGAAUCGGCCGAUGCUCAAUUGUCCCGUGGAGAGAAAGCGUCAUCUUCUCCUCGAAGGCGACCUUAAGCUGAAGGACAGCGGUGCCUCAAAGAUGGAGGUACACUGCUUCCUCCUGACCGAUAUGCUGCUCAUCUGUAAGCCCUCCACGAAAAAGGGUGGCGCCACAAUGAGGGUAGUGAGACAACCUUAUCUGGUAGACCGACUGGUGGUUUCAGAACUGAACAAGGAAACCCCAAGUUUGGGUUUGAUCUACAAAAACGAAUUCGACAUGGCUGUGGCUGCUUUUAUUUUGCAGAAUAACGACCCUAAAAAGAUCAAGGGCUGGAGAGACGGUAUAUCCAAAGCGCAGAGCUUAUAUGCUCAAGCUAGGCAGAUGAGCUAUGUGGACGAGAGUCUGGAUGCCGAUAUUAGUAUAGAAAAUUUAGAAAGUGAUUAUCAUAGUCUUCAGCUAGCUCCCAGAUCUCCACUAGCCACCUCCUCGCGAGCUAGUAGAGUUUCCAGCCUUGCACACAGCCAUAGCGGAUCUGUCGAAAUGAACGACCAGUCUUCGAUAGCCUCGAUGAAAGAUCCUUCCAAACCAGUAUCCAUCGACGCAGACAGAACUGGUUCAAUAUCCAGCGACGAAGGAGUUCAACCCCUUCCUCCGGACAAGAGUCCGGUCUCCCAGAAGAACUCGUUCAAGAACCGACUCUUCCACAAAACACCGAACACCCUAUCGGUGCAGCCCUUCAACAGUCUGGGCCAAAGUCUUCCAAACCUUACGUUGGGUUCUCCAAACGUAGGAAGUAUGAGCCUUAGUUUGAACCAAAAUACCUUGUCGGUACCAAGCAAUAAGAAUAGUAGUCAGUUGUUGAGUCCGACUCAAAGAGGGAUAUCUUAUCCUCCACCUUCUCCGACAAGGGCCAAUCUGAGACGAGGAUUGGCGAUUAGUCAAAAUAAAAACCCACCACUCAUCAAAACCAGGCACCUUAGUUCUUCGGCAAGUUGUAGUCAGCAGAUACCUAGCAGUAACGACUUCGACGUACCAGUUAUAGCGGGUGCCUCACAAUCUGAUGAUCAUUGUGAGUCUUUUAGUAGAGGUUACCACAGACAAGCAAUGAAGAGGUCAUACAGACAUGACAAAAGAUAUUAUACUGCUGGUGUUGUGGAUGACAUAAAAAAAGACCGCAACAGGGAUGCCAGUAUACAUAAACGCUUAUCUUGGAACUGCAAUAGUUUGGAACAAAGGCCUAUUAACGAGGACCAUACCUAGCAUUCGUUUUUAGACCUGAUUUAUUUUAUUAUGAUAGUGAUCUAUUUUUUAGUGUGUCAAGUACUAGAAAUACUAGAUUACUUGAUUAAUUUAGUCACUUGAAGUCCACUUGGGUUUUAUUUCACCUGAAAACGAUGUGGACCAAAUGGUAAUUACCACAAUAUCAAAAAUGAAACAAUAAUUACUAUGUAAUAUUAGAUGAGGAAAAAUUGAAAACAUUCCAAUUACAUUCCUUAAUGAGGGUAAGCAAUAUUGUACCUUGAUAAAUUUUUGAAACAGGCCUAAUGUUUGAAAAACUUUUAUAUUCGAGAGUAAACAUUGUUUGUUAAGUACAUAUUGUACUACUGAAGAAGACGCAAUAAGCCUUGUGGAAAAUAUUUGUACGUUCUUUUUGGUUUUUCCUGGGCUUAUUCGUCUACUUUCCUGUAUUUAUUGAGUGAUCGCUUAAAUAAGAAAAUGUUCAAUGAUUUUAAACGAAAUAGUACAAUGACUUUUAUAUUUUGGUAUAAAAUAACGAUAUUUAUUUUUGUUGCAAGAAUGCUGUAAGUUAAUUUUAAUUAUUAAUAUAAAAUGCAUAAGUAUCUUUGUUAUAUUUAUUGAAUGACAUAAUAAAUUCUUUAUUAUUA